GGGAUGGGAAGUGGGAAAGGUGCUGAUUUCAGCCCUGUAGCGUCAGGAUUGCGUCAAUUUGGGUUUCAACCACGUCUUCAGUCUCGGAGCAGAGCUACUCAGAAGAGCCAAAACAGGAAGGGGGUUGCAAAUCAGUGUGCAAAGGGGAGGACCGAAGCUUCCCCUCCCCCCGCUCCUCCAGCCCCCUCUUAUCCUCCUCCUCCUCCUCCUCCACCUUCUUCACCGCUCGUGUCUCCAGGUUUUGUUUUCCGUUUUUUUUUUUUGUUUUUUUUUUUUUAAACACGUUGGAAAAGCCGGCUGCCCGGGUGGUUUGAGAGACAGGGCUCCGGGCAGGUCUUUGGACACCGGCUCAGGCUCCUCGGCAGAAAGCUCCAGCACUGCGGGCAGAGGCUCCAGCACCGUGGACAGCAUCCCCAGGUCCGGCGACAGCGUCUCCUGCACCGCGGGCAUCAUUCCCAGCUCCGCGGGCAGCACACACUGCCAACAUGGCUCCGAUCGCGGCCAGUCGCCAGCACUUCGAUGAAAUUCCUACAGUGGUUGGGAUCUUUAGUGCAUUUGGCCUUGUCUUCUCUGUCUCCCUUUUUGCUUGGAUCUGCUGUCAGCGCAAAUCUUCCAAAUCCAAUAAGACCCCUCCAUAUAAAUUUGUCCAUGUUCUGAAGGGAGUUGAUAUUUAUCCUGAGAAUCUCAACAGUAAGAAGAAGUUUGGAGCAGAUGAUAAAAGUGAAGCAAAGAACAAAUCGGCAAUGCCUAAGAAUUCUCUCCAUCUAGACCUGGAGAAGAAAGAUCUAAAUGGCAAUUUCCCCAAAACAACCUCUAAAAUGCAGAGCUCUCCAAAUCUUGAAAAUGUGUCUCCAAAACAGUUUUCAGAAAGGAAGAAAGAUUCAGUAUCCCCUGAUAGCUUAAAGUCCAUCACAUCCUUGUCAUCUGAAGAAAAACAAGACAAGCUAGGAACUCUCUUUUUCUCUUUAGAGUACAACUUUGAGAAAAAGGCAUUUGUAGUGAACAUCAAGGAAGCACGUGGUCUGCCAGCAAUGGAUGAACAGUCAAUGACUUCUGAUCCUUACAUCAAAAUGACAAUUCUGCCUGAGAAAAAGCACAAGGUGAAAACCAGAGUGCUGAGAAAAACCUUAGAUCCAGCUUUUGAUGAGACUUUCACAUUCUAUGGGAUCCCCUACAGCCAAAUUCAAGACUUAACACUUCACUUUAUGAUCUUGAGCUUUGACAGGUUUUCCAGAGAUGAUGUCAUUGGAGAAGUCCUCAUUCCCCUUGCAGGAAUUGAAUUGUCAGAAGGAAGGAUGCUAAUGGACAGAGAGAUCAUCAAAAGAAAUGUUAGGAAAUCAUCUGGGCGUGGAGAAUUACUGAUCUCUCUCUGUUAUCAGUCUACAACAAACACGCUAACUGUUGUUGUUUUAAAAGCCAGGCAUCUACCUAAGUCUGAUGUGUCAGGAUUAUCAGAUCCUUAUGUCAAAGUGAACCUGUACCAUGCUAAGAAAAGAAUUUCUAAAAAGAAAACCCAUGUGAAGAAGUGUACCCCCAAUGCAGUGUUCAAUGAAUUGUUUGUCUUUGACAUUCCUUGUGAGGGCCUUGAUGAUAUCAGCAUUGAAUUUCUGGUUUUAGAUUCAGAUAGAGGGUCAAGAAAUGAAGUCAUUGGCCGGUUAACCUUGGGAUCUUCAGCAGAAGGAACAGGUGGAGAGCACUGGAAGGAAAUUUGUGAAUAUCCUAGGAGACAAAUUGCCAAAUGGCAUAUGUUGUGUGAUGGUUAGCAGCUCAAAGAGGGGUUGGAACUUGAAAAACUAUACACAUUUCCAUAGGCAAGGAGCAGUUUUCUUUCUUUGCUGUGUAUAAUUACAGGCUUGUAACUACAAUACUUUUUUUUUUUUUUUUUUUUUUUUUGUGGGGGGGGGGCAGUAAAAACUGGAUUGAAUUAUCAAAAUAGAAGGUAACUAAAUUUUCACAGUAAAUAAAGGAUUUUCUGUUUCAUUAGGCUUCCACUUAAUUUGAUUAAAUUUAUAUUCUUCUGUAGUUUACAUAGCCUAAAACUUCUGAAGCAGUAUAAACUUCAAUAAGGACUACAUUUUACAAAAAAAAAAAACAAAAAAAAAAAAAGAAAAAGAAAAAAAAAGAAAAGAAAAAAAAGUCACUGGAAACCUUAUUAGUACUGUUAUACAGGAGAAGAUAACCUCAUUAAAAUAUAUUGCUAGAUCCAAGAACACCAAAAAAAAUGGUGGCUUAUUGUGGGAAGGGGUUGAGUCUAAAAUCAAUGGGGAGUGAGGGUGAGUAGGAGGGGCAUUCCUUUUGCCCCUCUAUCAUAAACCUUCUUUUAUGAAAAUUCAAUCAUUAUUUGUAAUUUUCAGUUACUUAUACUUUGAUCAUCCCAAAGACUGAAAAAAUUUUCAGCAAUUUGCUUUACAUUUCACAUCAUGUGCAAACAGUUGUUUUAUGUGUGGAAAUACUCUAUAAUUAUUUACACUUAUAUUUUUUAAUAUGUAUAUAUAUAACCUGUUUUGUUACAGUGACCAAAAGAUACAUUCUACAAAUUGUUAAGUUAACAUACAUUGUCUUGUCAAAAGGGCUCCUUUACGGGUGACUGUACAUGUUACAGUAAAGUUAAAAUUUGGGAUUAAGCAUGGCUUGCAUUCUUUCUUCUCUAGUAAGGAUUAUACCUUUAGUAUUUAAUGCCAAGAGAAAGCACUUAAAAUGAGAUGUGGAAACACAGAGGACACUACUGUCAAUUACCUUUCACAAUUUAUAUUUCAAUAUUUCAAGCCGUUCAGUAAUAUUAAAAAAAAAAAAAAAAAAAAAAAAAAGUUUCUCUUUUUGAUCGUUUCAUUAAAUGGAAAACAAAGAAAAUUGUGAGACAGAGUACAAAACCUUAUCCAUCUGAUUAACUUCCUGAGCUGUGAGUUAUAUCACUAUAGUCAAUAAGACUACUCACAAAAUACAAAGUUCAAUGCAUUUUUGAACUUUUGCAAGAUAGGGAAAAAAAAAAAAAGUCAUUAUAAUCUGUACAGUAUUAUGUUAGACAUACUACUUGAAAAGUGCAUUUCACUUAGCUGAUAUGCAUUAAUAUCCAUUACUGAUUGUACUGAAAAUUGGUGGUGGUAAGAAAAGUUUUAUAAUUUUGUGCUAGUGUGACAUAUGUAUGCUUAAACUUAAGUUGUGCCAGCCUAGGGGGAUAAAAAGUGUUAAAACCCAAGUAUAUAAACAGGGCGUUUAGGCCUGUGAAAUUUACUCUUGGUCACACUUCAAGCAUUUUUAGGCUGUCUGGACUAUAGCACAACUGUAAGAUUACUUCCUAAAGUUUGUACACUGAUUUCUGAUACAGAAGUUUGAAAAUACUACUCCUAUGUCAUUUUUAAUUACAAUAUAUAUAAAGAAGAAUAUGAUGAUGUUAGUUGUUAACUGAAGAAUGGUUUUAAAAGUGGAAAAUGGUUUUCAGUAUUUUUGCAUAUGUCAUUUUGUCACAUGUAAUUCUGCUAAAGUCAAUGAAACUAUUUGUGAAUUAAGGUAUUGCUCAAUGUGAGUAAAGAUAAUAGAAUGGGCAUGCCAGAAAAAAGAAAGAAAAAAAAAAAGUGUUUUAGUGUUACUAAAAAAAGUGUUUUUGUUACUUUCAUUAAACAACGGAUGCAGGUCUUAUUCAAAACUGUUGGGGAUUUGUUGAUUUUUCCCUGUUCCCAUAUAGCCAAAUUACGUUUGCAGUAAAGGACACUGAAAUAUGAAAUAUGCAAGUAGAGAAAUAGUACUGGAAGAAUUCUAUUGAGGCUCUUUCAGGUUUUGUGUCAGUAAUUUCUCCAGUUUUUGAGAAUGUGUUUGAUAUAACAGCAUUUAUAAAGUUCUGUAAAAAUUCAUUUUCAAAAUAACAUAAACAUGCUUUUUAUGAUAACGCUCAAUGUAAAAAAAAAAAAGCGUAUUCUAUGUAUAAAGGAAUCUUUUUUGCUUAUUUCUUUAGAAAGCUGAUUAACUGCUCAAGAGCUAGAGUUUUCCAACCCAAUUAUAUCAAGUAUAUCAAGUAUGAUUCGAAGACCAAGGUCAAAGAUCCAAAGGUCAAGGAAAAGAUGCCCACAGGCUUUAGUGUGGUUUGAAGUGGAAUCAUGGAGCAAAACUCUUUUUGUGAGACAACCCAGCACAAUUGGACCAUAGGCAGGGGGAGACACUCUUUGUUUUAAUAUGGUCUGGGAGAGUUUAAGGCAGUACCAUGUGGUCGCAAUUGUUACCAUUUCUAGUAGGGACAGAAUUUCAUGAUUGCACCAAAUAGAGUGGGAUCACCUGCAAUUAAAAAAAAAAAAAAAAAAAAAAAAAAAUCGGUAUUGUACAUCAUUGGCACUGAAAGAACAUAUUAUCUCUAAAAAUCAGAUGACAGGUGUCAUCUGUCUCCAAUGGACACAAAUUCUGACAUCAGGAGAAAAAAAGGCCACCCUUUAAUGAUGGGCUAUGACCAUUGUUCAUUUUGCAUCUAACAAGUUGUCAUCAGAAUUGUUUAAAGUUUAUAUAGCAGCCUGAGGGUUAAUAUUUCUACCAGCUAAAUUGCAGUUGUUGAUGGGGAUAGGGGGUAGGAAUGGGAAAGGAAAGCAAAUAAAUUUUUAUUAAAUUGGAAACAAUGUAAAUAUUGGUAGUUUUUUUGUUGUUGUUUUGUUUUGCUUUGUUUUGUUUUUAAUUUAAAGCAAUGUUUAGCUUGGAAAGUUGAGUAAAGAAGGCUUGUAACACAUCUGUAAACCAGACAAGGCGGGAGCAAAAGUAGACCUGUCUCUAGAUGAGAAAUUCUUCUGUUUUAUAAAGUAUUCAAUUCUCAUUGUGAAUAUCUUGAACACUGUUAACAAUACUGUAUUGUAUUAAACAUGUAAAAAAAUGAUGUUUGUCUAAGUAGUUUACAAAAACAAUAACUCCUUAAAUGGGAGGCUAUCCAUGUCUGAAAUCUGUUGUAACUAAAUACCUGGUUUGUUAUGGUGUUGUAACUUAAUAGAAGCUGUUUGAGAGGAAGCAUGGUGUAUGAGAUUUUGUAAGUUAUUUGUGCUGGUUCUGUAUGUUGUGCCAUGUGUGUAAGCCAAGAAUAAACUGCUGCUUUUGUCCAUCCCAUC